CGAGAGAUUUCUAGUUAAUCAUUACGAGGGCAAGUACCGAAUGAUUGGACUACACCUGAUGGGAGAGGAGAGUCAAGAUUCAGAUAUCCGGAGGCAAGCAUCCCAGUACUGCCUUAGAGCGGGCCACCUUUUUCGAAGGCCAGUAGGGUCGGGAAUGCCCUUACGAGUAGUCUGUGAUCCUGAGGAGAGACAGACGAUAGUUGCGGAGUUUCACAACGGGGUAGUUGGAGGACACAGAGGGGUUAAAGGAACCUACAAAAAGAUACGUCGGCUGUACUGGUGGGAAGGACAGUAUAAGGACGUCGAGAGGUACUGUAUGGCAUGCGAAGAGUGCCAGAAGAGAGCUCUGGUGAUAUACAAAGAGCCACUUCAUCCAUCCUAUCCGACCAGACCAGGAGAAAAGGUACACAUCGAUCUAGUGAAAAUGCCGAGAGGGGUAGGCAAUAUGAACUACGUCGUGAACAUACGAGACGAUUUCACUGGGUUCGUGGACGGUAGACCUAUCAGGAGUAAGGCGGCAAAGGAAGUAAAAAACUUUGUCUCAGAGUACUUAUCUAGGUAUGGUUGUGUCAGCAAGAUUGUGAUGGACAGAGGGGCGGAAUUCCUAGCCGACGAGGUUCAGAGCGUGUUUAGGAGAGUCGGUGCGAGAGUUUCGAUAGCCACUGCCUAUCACCCAAAGUCGAACUCCCCAGUAGAGAGGGGACACCAGACUCUGAUAGCGUCACUGUCCAAGUGGUGCAAGGGUAAGGACAGUGAUUGGCCACGAUACUUCCGAUACGCAAUAUGGGCGGACAACGUCACGGUCCAGGCUAGUACCGGAUACCCGCCGUACACCUUGUGGUUUGGGCGACAUUGUCCGCUUCCCAUAGAGUUUCACGUCGACAGCUGGACCACCGUCGACUGGGCAGAGGAGAUGUCCAGAGAGGAGCUCUUAGCUGCCCGAACAAGACAGAUAGCCUACGGGUUGGAAGAUAACCUUAUGACAGCGGCAGAUCGUCUGGCAGUGGAAAGAGACAAAGGUAAAGAGAGGUUGGAAAAGAACGUGCGAAUCAGGAAAGAGAGGGUGAGCGUAGGAGAUAUGGUCCUUCUCUACGAUGCAGCACUGGAAAGAACCUGGACCGGAAAACUCGCCAACAGAUGCAUGGGACCUUACAGAGUGGUUGAAGCACUCGACUGGGGUGCAUAUAUGAUAGCAGAAUUGGAUGGAUCUAAGUGGAAGGACCCAGUGGCGGGCGCUAGGUUAAAGCUGUUUAGGCCCAGGCCCGCGCCCGCUUUAUCGCUAACCAGCCCGAAAGGGAAAGGGAAAACUAUGAUGGAGGAUGGAGCCCCCUUGAGGCAAUUCGAGACAGGGGAGAGUUCCAAGAAAAGGAAAAGAAUAGAGAAGAGAAAGGUCAAAGGGUUAGCUUUAGGAAGAGAGAAGAGAUGGUUAUUCGUGCUCAAGCGAGCUAGAUGGAGAGUUCGCGUUAGACGUACUGGCGGGUCGACACCCUUCUCGGGGCAAAGACAGGAGAAAAAGAGGAUCGUGCCAAGACCAAAAUCCCGAAGGAAAAGGAAAGUCAAGAAGCAUCUUCUUAGCCCCAGGACUCAUAACAAACUAAAACAUAAGACAAUUGAACGCCGACGUGGGCGUCCUUUACGGGCCAUCACCCUGAAGCUCGUCCGCUUCGUCUGACGUAAGCUGUUAGGGCUCGACGGGGGCGUCGAGAAGUGGUCCGRGCUAACUGUCAGGCGGCCACAAGCAGUGCGCCGCCUGAAAUCUGCGGUCUUGGGACUUAGGCUCAGAAACAAGUCAGUGUUUUGACGGUACUCUCGUUUGACCAGGCAACAAAAAUUAGGGAAACUC